UGAUGCUCAGGCAGCAUCCGGGUUGCGAGGGGCAACAGGCUGGUGGGAGCUUCGAGGUCUCCAGACCCCUGUGCGAGUGUCGGUAGAGCAUCUGCCGGCCCUUCUGCCCAUGAGUCCUCGCUGUCAUUUCCUGGUAAAUCCUGAACAUGAGGCUGUCCUUAGGAGUCCACUGGCCGGCCCUGGCCUAUUGCAUGACCACGUUAGGAGCCGGCAUGAUGAACAGUAUAUUUAAUUUUUACUACGUGAAGCUGUUUCUGAACCGGUACAAGAUAUCGGAGGGAGCCUUUCAUCAAGCACAGGUGGUAUUCAUGAUCUGGAACGCCAUCAAUGACCCUUUGUUUGGUUACAUUCAAGAUAACUCCAAGGUGCCGUGCUGCUCCCUGCGCCGCAACUCCAUUUUCUACGGCGCCCCAUUUUACGCCCUGGCCUUCCUCCUUCCUUGGUUUCCCUGGAAAGAUUACACGGAAGGCGACUGGCUCAGCGGCGUCCACCUGGUGGUCGCGCUCUGCGUAUUUGAUGGCAUGCUUACGUUUGUGCUGCUAGCGCAGUGUGCACUCUUUGCCGAGAUUUCAACCAGGCAUGAAAACCGCCUUCAGCUCAUCAAGUAUAACCAAGUAGCCUCCCUUCUCGGUUCCUCUAGUAUCCUCUUUUGUGGACUGGUAUCUGAUAACAUGGAGAAAUUCUCCAACUUUCAGACAUUCACUGUGUUUCUGGCUUUCCUGUCCACCCUGUGCAUGUGCUACACUGGCGUGUUUGGAGUCAGCCAGUAUGAACAAAAGGACAGCUCUGUGGAGAGAAGUAAAUCAAACACCGCGCUCUCUUGGUCCUCCGUCUUUACUCUCACCAAAGAAAUAUUAACCCAAAGAAACUUUGUCAUUUUUGUAUCAAUGAACUUCUUCCAAGUCUUUCAUGCCACCUUCUGCAGCAACUUCAUGAUGAUUUUUGCUGAGAACCUCAUCCCCAGAGAUGCGCUUCCUUCCUUUGUAAGGAGCAUCAUGUAUGGAGCUGGUUUCAUUUUUCCUCAGUUUCUUGUGCUCAUCAGUCAUUCAUUACUGACGAAAAUUGGCUACUACAAAGUCAUCUUGAGUGCAUUCUAUGUAGAAGUCAUAGCUGCUGUCCUCAUGCUGUUAGUUGGAUCCCAGCAUUACUAUGUUCUGGCCGUAUUCCUCACCACCAAUAUGGUUCUUGUGUACGCCUCGUUUAGCUUGUUUAAUCUGCCACUUGCUGAUAUUGUGGAUGCUGACUUGGAGAAAUACAAGCGCAAAUCUCCACUCUCAUCAAUGGUUUUUGGGACAAACGCCCUCUUCACCAAGCCUGCGCAGUCACUGGCUCCUAUGCUGGUGGUCAAUCUUCUCAAUCAGUAUGGGUAUGAGAAUUUAGCCGGCAAAGUCGAUCAGCCAGACCCCAGUCUGUUUUUAGGGCUCCACGACGCCAUGUUUUACUUGGCCUGCCUCGUUCCUCUCUGCAUCGCCAUUGUACAGAUCGUUAUAUGGACUCCAUACUCAAUCCGAUCCAGCCAUGUAGUUUCCUCACAUUAGGAAUAUUUAGAAUUCAGGGCCUCUUGUUUUUAAGCACACUGUGAAAGGAAGAACAUCGGUGCCUUAUAAUAGUUCAAUGUGAUUUAAAUGUUCCUGGUAAGCUGUUUGCUUACAUGUGAAGCGCCAUCAUCCCUUACCAGCAGCUUUAAUCAUAGAUCUGUGUAAACAUGGUUUUUAUUAUUUAUAUAGCUAACUAUUUGGCCUAUUAUUCCAUACUGUUGGAUAU